GAAAGCUUGCAAUGUACCGUUAAAUAGUGCACAGAGCAGAGGUGCUUUUAUUUCUGUGAACAAAGACUGCCAGUUAAAUCACAACAAACGCAUCAUCCUUUCUUUUUUGUGAGGAAUACAAAAUAGAAAAACACUUGGAGAAGAAAAAGUGCUUAUAUUUAAUCAAAGGCAGCUAUUUUUUUUUAUUUUUUUAUCAUUUUGUAAAAACAAAAACAAAAAAACAUUACAAGUGUCUUCGCGAGGAUAUUAUUGGUUGCAAGCAUUCCACUGAUUAACAUAAAAGAAAUUAAGACAAAACGAACGACAUCUUUUAAAACCUGACUGCAAGUGUUUCAGUGUUCAUAAGUGUCGGAACACAGCAAUCAUGUUUGGACUUUGUAACACGCUCGUCUUACAACUUCUGUGUGUGCACGUGCUCGUGUGUUACUGUGACCCCCCUGUCACCACACCGAUGGUACAACCGGUAGGGACUGACCAGCCUACAACACCUGAAGCUACUGCCAGUACUUCUCCACGCAUUGACCUUGCUCAGCGCCGUCAAUUCAUGUUACGUAUGAUCAGACAGAACUUCAUGAGAGAGAUGGGCUGGAAUACUCUCCCUACCAUAGACAGCAGCAUGAUGGACAGGCCUCAGAACUACAGCCGUUAUAUCCGAAACCUUACCAUGGAAAGCCAGAGCUGCUAUUCCGCAUCAUGUUUGUUGCCUGACGCUAUUGACCCAGACAUGUGGAAUCACCCAGAUGACAAUUCCAUGCAUCUUUUCUUCAACGUCGAUACCUUCCCAGCUGGUGACGUCACGGCUAAGAAUGCGACUCUGAGUUUGUUCGCAAGAACCAGGUUAGGAUGCGGCUGUCCGGCUUAUGAUGAUCAGGACGUGAGGCUGCUGGUGGAGGUCAAUCAGUACCUACAAGCACUCCGGCCACGCCGGACGAACAGACACAACAGAAUGAGGCGACCUCGUAUGCAGACGUUAGAUGUAGACGUCCUGGAAUGGGAAGAAGAACGUUGGAUACAUUUUAAUGUGACUGACGCUGUCAAUGACUGGAUGAGGCGACACCGACGUCGGUACGGUCUGGAGAUCAAAGUGGAAAGAUGGCAGAGUUCCUCACCAAUCAGACGUAUAACGGACUUCAACGCGCACAACGUGUUCGUACAGGGAGAUUGCUCGUCUCAUAUAGAGGUUGGAUGCCUGGGUCAUAAUCCGAUUAUGAUGAACAGCUACCGUGCCCCAAUCCUCGAGGUGUGGACCCAGACUCGCCCGGUGAUGGACAUCAGGAAGAAGAGGAGUAUUGAGGAGACCCAUCGACAGUCUCAGAUGAAGAAAGCCAGACUAAUCCAACAAUUCUACGACGACAGUUAGAACAGCAGGAAUUCAGUUAUCAACGCUACAGUAACAAGACUGGCUGAUAUAUAAACGGAUUCAUCGAGAGACGCCUGUUAUGACACCAACACUAUCAGAAACUUUUCACUGCUGACGAAGUGUGCAAAAUGCGGUCUAGUUUUGUAGACGUUUGUCGAAGCCAGUAUCGUUAAAUACGUUGCCUAUUUAUUCGCAUACAAUUCAUAUACAUUAUAUGAGUACUUCAUUCUUUAUAUGUGCAUAUACUGUAUUUUAACCUGAUCGAGGAUCUCGGUAUAAAGAGAAUAUAGACCUUUUGCGGACGUGGAAUGUGAAGAUCGCGAUCACUACAUGUUGAGACUUACAGUAAAAGACAAUUGAAAUGGUUUCCUCGAUAACAUUAAUGUUCUUCUGUGUUUAUGUAAUUACUCUCCAGCUUUUUAUCAAAUCGUAUUUCUCAUUGUUUUUGUCCAUUUUCGUUUUGUCGCAAUUAAUUGCCGUGUGUUACCAAUUAUGCAUUUGUACAAAUACUCAUACAAGUAUACUACCUCAUAACCUCGAGAGUAUUUCCCUACAUGUGCCUCCAUACAACGAAUCACGCGAUUGGCGACAUCCUGCACGGACGUCAAACCGGAAGUUGCAAUAUUUUAUUAAUAUUCUUUCAUAUGUGUAGACGAUAGCUCGUCAAUAUCAUCUUUAUCAUAUAUAUAUUGCAAUCAGUCUGACGAGAAUUACAUAAUCGAUUAAUACAACAAAAUCUUUUAUUUUGUCUUGGAUUGGAGCGUCUAAAAUCUGAAGUGAGAUGAUUUUAAAUGAUGUUUAAUGCCGUGACUAUCACAUUUGCACGAUCAACGCACGAAACUUAUUCAGGAAAUCCAAGACGGCAAAAAAAGUUAAAAUCAAACAUUAAUAUUCAAAAUGUUAUUCCCGGUCCAUCGCUCCCUUGGCCUUAACGCGCGAAUUUUACGAUAUUUAUGUAUUCACAUUUCAGUGUACAUUUUCUUAUUUAUUAAAACUAUCAGAAAACAA